CAAACAGUUAAAUUUAAUUAGGUAAAUAAACAUAAAUUUAAUUGUUCUAUGCAUGUUUAUUUAUGUGAUGAUAAUGUUGCUGCAUAAUCAUAGAAAGAUAACCCUUAGAAGUUUGUAUUUGACACAAAAGAAAUUUAUCUGCAACAAUAAAAAUUUGUGUUAAUGUGGUGUUGCGUCAGCGACAAAACAAUUUAAAAUGAAAUUCUAUUAACUGCAUUAAUUAUUUUAGUGAUUAUAGUUUGUGUGUGCGCCAAGCUAAUCGUAAAAUGUUGAAUUAUUUGAAUAGCUUUUCGCAAAAUUAUUCGUUAGCAUUAUCGAGUGCUUUUACGGGAGCGAUAUUGCUCGCCUUUUACAUUUUCAAAUCGCGAGUUUUAAAUAUCCCUUGGUAUAAGGAAUGGAAAUAUGUGGGUAAAGUGAGCGAUUUGUAUAUGUAUCCUUUAAAAAGUGGUCGUUUCUUAAAAUUGAAACGUGCCCGAUGUACCACUUUUGGAUUAAAACAAUUUGAAGAAGAUGAACGGGCAUUUCAGAUGUUGGAUAGAUUUUUGGUUGUUUAUCGCGAUUCAGAUAAAUCAUAUUGCACUUCGAAAACGUUUCCCCACAUGGUUUUAAUAGAAGUUACUGUUCACGAUCAAGAAUAUUUUGCGAUAGAUGCUCCAAAUAUGAGAACAUUGUAUGUGAAAAUACCAGUUACAAAAGAAGAUAAAAACAAUAAAGAUAACAUUUACUUAUGGGGGAAACAAAAGGUAAUGACGAUUGAUUGUGGGGACGAAGCCGCGACAUGGGUUUCGAGGUAUAUUUUAGAUACAGAAACAGGACUUCGUUUAGGAUUUCAUGACGGUAGUGAAAGAAGAAGCUUUGAACAGGAUUUGCCUGAAUACGUAGAAGUCUACAAAAAUUUAAAGAACGAAUCCACCGGCUUGUAUGCCGAUCUUGCUAAUUAUUUAUUUGUUAAUGAAAGUUCAGUAAAUGAAGUUAACUCCAGGUUAACUGAUAUUCAAAUUUCGCACAGAAACUUCCGACCAAAUAUAGUAAUUAGUGAUAACAAAUUACCUCCAUUUGACGAAGAUGACUGGGAAUAUAUUAAAAUUAACAAUCUCAUAUUUAAGUUUGUAAAGUAUUGUCCGAGGUGUCUUGUUGUUAAUAUUGAUGUUGACACAGGUUCUAGAAUUCCAGGUCGCGAACCAUUAAACGUAAUGGGAAGUUAUAGGAAGUUAAAGGACGUUAAAAAUAUUAAAUUGGAAGGUGAACAUCCUCUUUUCGGAAGUUACUUUGAUAUUAUAGAAGGAGAAAACGAACUGAUCGAAGUAGGUGCUGCUGUAUUUGUAAAGAAGCGAUAAGUGUAUUGUUUUGCUAAUAAUAGAAAUUGUUAAUUGCGAAA